GCGUGUCAGUGCAGUCGACUUACAGCUGGCUGUGAGGACAACUGGCGCUAUUUGUUUGCUCUUUAUCACCGCGAUACAUUUACACAUAUUUCGAAAAAAGUGUCAACUCGGUGUCUCUCUUUGUGGGUUUAUUUUAUUCAAGUUUUACAAAUAAAUUAAACUAAAGUUGGAGGCUGGGCCUUUAGCUUGUUGACCGUAGCUUGAGAGGAGAAGAAGAAGAAAAAAGCUGGUCUUUUUGUGGUAAAAACUCGAUAAAUGCUACUAACGAAAAUGGACCUGUUAAACUACCAGUACCUGGACAAAAUGAACAACAACAUCGGCAUUCUCUGCUACGAAGGUGAAGCAGCUCUGAGGGGCGACCCCAGACUCCAGUCCCUGUCUCUGUCCUCUUCUUCAUCCUCCUCCUCCUCAUCGUCGUCCUCCUCCUCUUCCUCCUCCAUCUCCAACCACAGGACAGGUCCUCCUCCCAUCAGCCCCACCAAGAGGAAGCUGAGCGGGGACCAGGGCGACAGCGACAUGGACGACAACGAGCAUGUGGCAAAGAUGAGCCGCCUGUUUGCUACGCAGCUGAAACCCAAUGGAGACUACCGCAGCUCCCCCAUGUCCAAGGACCAGAGCCGGAGCCCCAUCGAGCGCGUGAUGGUGCCCAGCGCUCUGGGAGUCCACGGCAACCACCUUUACAGCCAUGCCCACCACCACCACCACCACCACCACCAUCUGGCUAGCUUAGCCGGGAUGGACCAGCCGCUGGCGCUCACCAAAAACAGCAUGGUGGAGUCUGCACGCAGCAGCACGGCAGCUAUGGCAACCGUGCCGCACGCUGUCAGCGCCGUGGAACGCCAGCAGAAUCGUCCUUCAGUGAUCACAUGCGCCCCAGCCAACAACCGCAACUGCAACCUGUCUCACUGUCCAGUCUCCCACAACGGCUGCUCAAGCCUGGCUAACAACUACAGGAGAAUCAACACCAAUACAGCCUGCGACCCGGUGAUUGAGGAGCACUUCCGCCGCAGUCUCGGUAAGAACUACAAGGAGCCCGAGCCCACCGCCUCCAACUCUGUGUCCAUCACCGGCUCGGUGGACGACCACUUCGCCAAGGCGCUGGGCGAGACCUGGCUGCAGAUUAAAAACAAGGGGAGCCCCUCGUCGUCCGGCAGCAGCCCAAACUCCUCCCCCGACAGCCACAUGGUCAAUCACAACCACUCCCCUUCUGUGGUCUCCUGAAGGAGGCGGGGUUUCAGAGGGAUUUGUCCUUCUCUUCCCCCCGAUCAUCCCGGCUCCAAAACCCACGCCCUUGUCACUUUGUUCUGUCACCAGCAUCCCAGAGGGAGUGCCUGCCUGCUGGUCUGCUAAACUCAUCGAAAAAACCCUCAAGUCUGCUCUUUCGCUCUCUAUGCACUCAUAGAGAAUCAAGCAAUAACAACACAGCCGUUUC